UAAAAUACGAAAGAAAGAAAUGAAAGAAAACACACAAAAAAAACAAGAUCAAACAGAUACAAAAGCCACCAUAAAACAAUAACAACAAAUGAAAGGCGCAUUGUGCCGGUGAACUGCAGGGGAGGAGUGUUCCCGGCAAGAAAUAAAUGAAAGAAUGAAAGUCAUUUGGGGAUUUCGGAUAAAAAAAACGAACAAGACAUCCAUAGUCCAGUUGAAGAGUUGAAAUCAAAUUUCAGUCUUGGUUUGGAAGUGGAGGAGAAUGAUUGGAAAGCGGUUUUAAAGGGCUAGGAGUAACAAAUAAAUCAACUACACAUUCACCAUGAUCAACUUUUGGAAGUUUCUAUUGUUCGGCGUUUUGAUUAGCUUCGCCACAGCGGGGGAAAUUAAAAAUGUUUUGCUGUUGUUGGCCGAUGAUGCUGGCUUUGAGAUGGGCGCUUACCUCAACAAGUAUUGCCAAACACCAAAUUUGGACAAAUUGGCCCGCAAGGGUUUGUUGUUCAACAACGCCUUCACCUCGGUCAGCAGUUGUUCACCAAGUCGUGCCCAGAUUUUGACUGGCCAAGCCAGUCAUGCCAAUGGAAUGUAUGGUCUGCACCAGGGAGUUCAUAAUUUUAAUGUUUUACCCGGUACCGUUUCGUUACCAAAUAUCUUGAGAAACAAAUCCCAAGGGGGAAUUCUAAGUGGCAUAAUUGGCAAGAAACAUGUUGGUUCCGGGGAGGAUUUCAAAUUUGAUUUUGAACAGACCGAGGAGCAGCAUAGCAUUAAUCAAAUUGGACGGAACAUCACUCGCAUGAAAUUGUACAUCCGAGAAUUUUUGCAAAAUGCCAAGAAGCAGGAGAAACCAUUCUUCUUGAUGGUAGCCUUUCAUGAUCCGCAUCGUUGUGGCCACAUAACACCGCAAUAUGGAGAGUUUUGUGAACGCUGGGGUUCUGGGGAGGAGGGUAUGGGUUCCAUACCGGAUUGGACGCCCAUCUACUAUGAUUGGCGCAAUCUGCAAGUACCAGCCUAUUUACCCGAUACCGAUGUGGUGCGUCAAGAAUUGGCUGCGCAAUAUAUGACCAUGUCGCGUUUGGACCAGGGAGUAGGUGUUAUGCUGAAGCAGUUACAAGAAAUGGGUUUUGAGGACGAUACCCUGGUCAUAUUUACUUCAGAUAAUGGACCACCAUUCCCCUUGGGGCGUACCAACCUCUACGAACAUGGCAUAAGGUCACCCUUCAUUAUGACCUCACCCAAUCCCACAGAUCGCCACCAGCAGACCACGGCAGCCAUGUCUUCACUGCAGGAUAUUUUCCCAACCGUUUUGGAUGUUUUCAAAAUUCCCCUGGAGAAUUCCAGUAACAAUUCCUAUACCAAAUCUCUGUUACCAUUGCUCAAGGAAGAACCGGCAACCAAUGAAAAUGAUAGCGUUUUUGGCUCACAAAACUAUCAUGAAAUCACCAUGGACUACCCCAUGCGCAUGAUACGCACCCGACGUUAUAAACUGAUACACAACCUAAAUUAUUGGUCCUACUUCCCAAUAGAUCAAGAUUUUUAUACCUCCCCGACGUUCCAGCAAAUCCUCAAUGCCACAAUGCACCAUCAACAGUUGCCAUGGUAUAAAAAUCUAUUGGGCUAUUAUCAGAGGCCCGAAUGGGAGCUGUACGACAUCAAAGCGGAUUCCCUGGAGAGAUAUAAUCUGGCCGAUAAACCCAAAUAUAAGGGCGUUUUGAAAGAUUUGAAGCAACGUCUGCUGAAAUGGCAAGUCGAUACGAAUGAUCCGUGGCGUUGUGCCCCACAUGCUGUACUCCAGGCUCAGGGUGUUUUCAAAAAGAAUCCCGUCUGCCUGUCUCUGGGACAUGAGGCUUUGGUCAAGCAUGUUACUCACUAUGAGAAAUAUAUUUUAUUGUAAAAUUUAAAAAAAAGAACAAAUUUAUUAAACAUUUAUCAACAAACAUUAGUUCAGUAUUUCGAAAUAAAUUUUAAAUUUUUUGUAAAAAUAAAUUUUAACUUUAAUUUGUGUAGAGCGUACACUA